AUGGAUGAUUCAAACAUCCCUGUCAACAAUGACAUUAUUAUUAGUUAUGAUCCAUUGGACUUAAAUUCUUUGGACACAGAUAUAUCUCCCUCAAAUCGGGCCACUGUACAUAAUGUUUGUGUUGGAAUGCAAACAUCCGGGGCUUCUGGUAAACCGGAAGUGAAAACAAAAGUAAACAAUCCGAGGAAACGCCGGAAUUGUAAUACUCCCACUGGUGAGACCAUUAAUAACCCCAAGACCCGGAAAACAAAUGUAGUAAGAUCGACUGUUGUCAAGUCGGGUCGUAAGGUGCCGACUAGGCCUACUGUUAACUUUAGUCAUGGCCAUCUGAAUGAGGGGAGUAAGUCCAACUCCAGUGUUGGUAAUAAACCAUGUACAGAGUUCGAAGAUAUGAAGAAUGAAAUGGCUGCCAUGAAGAAUUUUUUACAGGCAAAUAUUCCUAUUGUUCAGGAAGUUAAGAAUGACAGGCCUACCGGUGCUCCUACCGAACUACACGACACCAGUAACGAGCCUAUAAUCGAUUUAGUUGACCCACAGUCAAUGUAUGAUGAAUUUCUUGAAGAAUUCGAGGACCCUGAUGAAUUUGACAUUCCAAAAAUCUUUCAGGGGGAUGAUCUCUUUGCUAAACCAGCUAAGGAUAGCAUCUUAAAUCUGGUCAAUGUUGCCACAUCUAAAAGGGUCGAAAUUGGCAAAAUGGCUUCUAAGUAUCCAUUGCCUGUUAAUUGUAAACGUCUUGUCCCUCCUUUAGUGGAUGGUGACGUUUGGAGUGUCUUGCCAAAACAGGCCCAGGCUCAGGAUAGCUCUUUGCAAGACGUACAAAAGCUCAUUGGCCUCAGUAUAGUCCCCCUCCUCCCUUUACUUUCCUUGAGGGACAAACAGGAAGUGAAGAAUAAUGUGGUUGAUUCCAUAGUUACAAUGGGAAAUGCCAUGUUGGAAUUAUCCUUUAGGAGAAUUUUUCUCAAACGUUUUCUGAGCAAGAGAUACCACACCUUGUGUUCGACAAGUCGCCCCGUUGAUGAAACCUUAUUUGGCCCAGAUGUUGCGACACGUAUGAGAGAGAUCGAUCAGUCUAAUCGCCUCUAUUCUAACUUGAAUAACAAUUCUAAUAGAAAUUACAGAUUUAAUAAUAGACGAUCUUUUUUAGGCCAGGGCUCAGCCGGCCGCUCAAGAGGCAGGUUUCGGUCAAGGGGGCGUUCUCGGGGAAGAUAUUCCCGAGGACAGAAUUACCAGCAUCCUCAAACAACUACUCAGCCACAACAGUCUGCUUAA